AUUGCUUAUAUAAGACUCACUUCAGUUCCUAUGUUUUCUUUCUCAUCCCAUAUUUUUUUUUUCUCGUAUUAUUUUUUUUUUCUCUCUCAGAGAAAUGGAGUUUUCAUAUUGUUAGAGCAACCUUUGAGUUUUGAAUCUGUGACUGGAUCUUGAUUCCUCAUAAAGAGUUUAAAAUGGAUCGAAAAGGAAGCUUAUGUAACAACUGGGCAAGGUCCUCUUCCUUAACCUCUCCUGGGAAUGGAUUACAGACGAAUUUGUCCUCAGAUCCUCCGUCUUUCUAUGGGGUGAGGAUUGAAGCACCUUUCAAAGAAUUCAACCAACCCUCUCCAACCCAGUCUUUGCUUCGCGGUGAAUCUAACAAAGAUAUUAAGAUCCCUGAUCAAGAAAAUGUUCCAUUGAAUGACUCAUCACAAGCCAAUAAAAUCGAAGAUUGGGAUCCCAAUAUGAUGUUGAAUAACCUUUCCUUCCUCGAAGAAAAGAUUCAUCAGCUCCAGGAACUAGUGCAUUUGAUUGUUAAUAAAAAGUGCCAACCUUUUGGACAACCUCAUGAGCUCGUGACUCGGGAACAGCAGCUCAUCACAGCUGAUCUUACAUCAAUUAUUAUUCAAUUGAUCUCUACUGCAGGUAGUCUUCUCCCUUCUGUUAGACACACCCUUUCAAACGCGAAUCCAUUGGCUGGACAGCUUGGCCAGCUUCGCGGGAUGAAUCUUCCUUUUGGAUCAGGCUCGAGUAGUGGUAUUCGGCCACAAAAUAAUAGUGGAAACAAAUUGUUUGAUCAGUCCACACAUAAUGAUCAGCCUAAUAAUUGUGAAAUGGAGCAAAACUACAAUAUGGAAGAACAUGAAGCAAAAGAUGAAGAAGAUGUGGAUGAGGGAGAGAACCUUCCACCUGGUUCCUAUGAGAUUUUACAAUUGGAAAAAGAAGAAAUCCUUGCACCUCAUACACAUUUCUGUACAAUAUGUGGGAAGGGAUUCAAGAGGGAUGCAAAUCUCCGGAUGCACAUGCGAGGCCACGGUGAUGAGUACAAAACUCCGGCAGCUCUUGCAAAACCACAUAAAGAAGCUGGGUCUGAACCAACACUUAUCAAGAGGUAUUCCUGCCCCUAUUCUGGCUGCAAGCGUAACAAGGAUCACAAGAAGUUUCAACCUCUAAAGACUAUCUUAUGUGUCAAAAACCACUACAAAAGAACACACUGUGACAAGAGCUACAUUUGCAGCAGAUGCAACACCAAGAAGUUUUCAGUCAUGGCAGAUCUUAAAACUCAUGAGAAACACUGUGGUAAGGAUAAAUGGAUUUGUUCAUGUGGCACAACAUUUUCAAGGAAAGACAAGCUUUUUGGACACAUUGCUCUUUUCCAAGGCCAUACACCAGCCAUUCCUUUGGAUGACACUAAAGGACUGGCUGAGACGCAUGAUCUUGAAAAAAAAGGAACCAACAACAGUAAGGUAGGAAGUAUGAACUUCUGUUUUGGAUCAAAUCCUUUAAGUGAAAAUGGAGUUCAAAAUAUCAAUGAUGUGAAAGGUAAUAUUGAUGAUCCUAUCAAUUAUUUCUCAUCCUUGAACUUUGAAGGCUGUAACUUUGGUGGGUUUAAUGAAUUCUCCCAACCUCCCUUUGAAGACUCAGAAGGUUCUUUCUCUUUUCUUAUGUCUGGAUCGUUUAAUCAUGCUUCUAAAUGUGGAGGUGAAUCAAGUUCUGACAAUCUGUAGUGACUAUUUGUUAUGAUGUUACCCUCCAUAAUAUCUUUUGUUUCUUCUUUAUCCCCUGAUUAAGGAAUAAACAUUUUGUUUCUGUUA